CUUACCUCCGCGGCCCGUUUCCGGCGUGGGAGCCUCCGAGGCCAUCUGUCUUUCCUGUCUCUUUUGCCUGGUCUCUGGGCACUUCUUGCCGCCCGGCCACACGGUCCCCCGAGGGGUGCUUUCCCCGCCCUUUGCUGUCGCGUUGCAGCGACCCGGCACGGCUCGCGAAGGGCCACGUGGCGCCGGUGAGGUGGCUCCAGCCGGCCUGGGGUUUCCCGCGCGCGCAGCCUGGCAACCUGGCGCCCUCCGCUGCUCGCGGCCCGCCCGGGGGCCACCGACUCCCCCACGGGCGAGCGUGGCCUCCGGGGGCAUGUGGUCCGCGCCCAGCGCUUUCGGUUCUCAGAGGAGCCGGGCCGGGGGGCCGAGGGGACGAUGCUUGAGGUCAGCGUCCCGCAGGUCCUGCAUCUCCAGUAUGGAAUGUACAUCUGGCCCUGUGCGGUGGUCCUGGCUCAGUACCUGUGGUUUCACAGAAGAUCUCUGCGGGGCAAGGCUGUCCUGGAGAUUGGAGCCGGAGUAAGCCUUCCAGGAAUUAUGGCUGCAAAAUGUGGCGCUGAAGUAACACUGUCUGAUAGUUCGGAGCUGCCUCACUGCCUAGAAAUCUGCCGUCGGAGCUGUGAAAUGAACCGCCUGCCACAGGUGCGCAUCGUGGGACUGACGUGGGGCCACAUGUGUCAGGACCUGCUGGCUCUGCCACCACAAGACAUUAUUCUUGCAUCUGAUGUGUUCUUUGAACCAGAAGACUUUGAAGACAUCUUAACUACCGUAUACUUUUUGAUGCAAAAGAACCCCAAGGUCCAACUGUGGUCUACUUACCAAGUAAGAAGUGCUGACUGGUCACUUGAAGCUUUGCUCUACAAGUGGGAUAUGAAAUGUGUCCACAUUCCUCUGGAGUCUUUUGAUGCAGACAAGGAAGAUAUAGCAGAAUCUGCUCUCCCAGGAAGACAUACUGUUGAAAUGCUGGUUAUCUCCUUUGCAAAAAAGGACAGUCUCUGAAUUACACCUACACACAGGCUGUUCUGGGACAGUGUCAAUACUGAUUUGCAACCUGGCAUGCCAGUUAGGACUGGGACCAUUUUAGCUUCUUGGGAGUACAAGCAUUGGAUUUGAAGAUGGUCAGAUCUGUUGGGCUUACAAGACUGUGGUGGGCCACCUGGACAACACUCAUGGGUUACAAAGCCAUGAAAAAAAUAAACACCUGUAAGAAAAAGGA